AUGGAUCUCGACGCGUCUAGCUCAGGCGGAUGGCGUUUCGCUCAAUGCUUUGGAGACAAGGGGGACGUGGAGGACAUCACAGAGGCCGACAUCAUUUCCACCGUCGAGUUUGACUCUACAGGCAACUACCUUGCAACAGGAGACAAGGGCGGCCGUGUCGUUCUCUUCGAGCGCAACGAGAUGAAAAAAGGCUGUGAAUACAAGUUCUACACCGAGUUCCAGUCGCACGAGCCCGAAUUCGACUACCUCAAAUCCCUCGAGAUCGAGGAGAAGAUCAACAAGAUCAAGUGGUGCAGACGCCAGAAUGCGGCCCAUUUCCUCCUCUCUACCAAUGACAAAACCAUUAAGCUGUGGAAGGUCUUUGAGAAGUCGUUGCGGGUAGUGCACCAGACCAACAUGCCCGAAGGUGUGCGGACGCUGCCCACACCAUUAUCGGCGCAGGGCCUGCACCUUCCGCGAAUGACGCAUCAGGACAACAUCAUCGCUGCCGUCCCUCGAAAGGUCUACUCGAACGCUCAUGCAUACCACAUACAUUCCAUAUCCGUCAACUCGGACCAGGAGACAUAUAUUUCCGCCGACGACCUCAGAAUCAAUCUCUGGAACCUCAACAUCAGUGACAGGAGCUUUAACAUCGUCGAUAUCAAGCCCGUCAACAUGGAGGAGCUCACUGAGGUCAUCACCGCCGCCGAGUUCCAUCCGACACAUUGCAACUUGUUUAUGUACUCCAGCUCAAAAAGCAACAUCAAGCUCGCCGACAUGCGCGACUCGGCAUUAUGUGACCGGUAUGCGAAGAUGUUCGAGGAAGAGGAAGAUCCAACAAACCGGUCCUUCUUCUCGGAGAUCAUAUCUUCCAUCUCGGAUGUCAAGUUCAGCCACGACGGCCGGUACAUUCUCUCGCGUGACUACCUAUCGCUCAAGAUCUGGGACAUCAAUAUGGAGUCGAAGCCCAUAAAGACGAUUAACAUUCACGAUCAUUUGCGAGGGAAACUCUGUGAUCUGUACGAGAACGACUGCAUCUUCGACAAGUUUGAGUGUACAUGGGGUGGAGACGAUAAGCAUGUCUUGACGGGCUCGUAUCACAAUUACUUCCGGAUAUUCGACGUGGACACUCUCAACGACGUCGUGUUGCAGGCGGACAAGUCCGCAUUCAAGGCGAAGAAGAUUGGUGGGCCGUUGCCGGUAAACAAGCCCGGUGCGAAGAACGGCGUGCGCCCUGGUGGCCUGCGCGAGAACAUGGCGAUGGAGACGCUCGACUUCAACAAGAAGAUCCUGCACGCGAGCUGGCAUCCGAAAGAGAACACCAUCGCCAUCGCGGCGACGAACAAUUUGUUCCUGUACAGCGCCGCAUGA